AUGGAUUCCGCUCCCGCAGCUUCCCCCGGGCAGGAUUACACCAAUAAUAAUAGUGACAACAAUGGACAAUUGCCGGAAGCCUUGCCAGCGGGCGCGUGCAGAGUGACAGGAGCGCUGCAGGCGCGCUUCGUCAACCAAUACAACCCCAUGUUUGACAAGCCCUACAGUCACCACGGACUCAACGCGAAUCGGUACUUGAACGAGGAGCUUUGCAGACUCCUCGAAGACGAUUGUCGAAACAACAUUCAACACCAUUUGCAGACGGACAAAAUUGAAAAGGCCUACAUGCUUGCGCGCUUGGCACAUGCACCACUCUUACGCGACUAG